AUGCCAAGCUCUAAAAACAGAUUCAGGAGAGAAAAAGCCUUAAUUGGUGAAUUAAAGGACAAAGCCAAAGAAAAUAAAUCCAAAACAUGUCUUCAACAUGCAAUUGAAAAUGAAUUAUGA